UUGGGGACAGGGUGACAAGGGACCGUCAACCACCUCUCUGUGCUUUGGUGUAAAUUUGAGAUAGUUUAUGUAGUAUUAGAGUGGAGGGACAAAAGGUUUAACAAAGGCUCCCUGUAGUUAGUUGAUGAUUGCCUGAGUGAAACAUUGCUCUGCAGCUUUUUCAUCUUUGCUCAACAUCCAGCCAACCAUGGAGUGGGGAUUACCCUGUCGGACAUCACUCUGGGCAAAGAAGUCCAUGUUUUGGUUUUGCUACGUUUUGUUUUACAUAGCUGGAGGUAAAGGCGAGAUGUCCCACGGCCACUCCACACUUGGUGUUGCAGCCCCACACCUGUACUACACCUGUCCCGAGGGUGCAACUGCCAAACUGGUGUGUGGCCAGAGAGGUGCCGCCUUGCACACCAAUGAUGUCUUGAAGCACAGCUGGCUUUUCACGCCCCACAGUGAUCAGCACUGUACGGGACGGACGGGCCCACGCCAUACUGUCAUUGGUCAUUCCCAUGGCAACCAAAGCUUGCCGCCAGGGUUGCAGUAUGGAUUUGGAGAGCAGAGCUUCUGGGUGAUUCUGCAGAAUGUGACCCACGGUGACCAGGGUCGCUACUGCUGUAUGAUCCUAGACUUCCAGGUGGAGCAUAAACACGGCGCCCUUGUGCAGAGACCCCACAGCCAUGUUAUCCUACACGUUACGCCCCGGAGAAAUGGACCUCAAAACUGCACCGUUUGGGAUCCCACACCACCUGGAGGCUCUGUGCCAGUGGCCUUGGCCAUAGCAGCCUGCAUCUUGGCUCUGCUUUCUCUGCCUCUUAUUCUGGUGCUCGUUUACAAACAGAGGCAUAGCGCCCAGUCAAGCAGACGUGCACAAGAGCUGGUGAGGAUGGACAGUGAGGCUCAUGGCCACGAGAACCCUGUGUUUCUUGGAGAAUCACCUCGGAUUAAGACUCGUACCGUUUCACAGAUCAUGACCAGGCAAUCUUCAGAGACAGGACGCCACCUGUUGUCUGAGCCAGGAACCCCCCUCUCUCCUCCUGCACACGGGGAUGUAUUCUUCCCAAUAGAAGACACCAUCCCUGAGUCUCCAGACUUCCUGCAGGUUUAAAAGGGAUUGGAACCUUGUUCAUUGCUCUAACUGCUGACCUGGAAACAGUCCUGCAACUCUUUCCCUCUUCUUUCUGCCUCCAGAGCGAUGUUGCCCUCAUCAGCUCUCUCACAAUAACCUCUGCUGGAAUUGUCGUCUGUACAUUGUCUGGACCGCGGGAGGGAAUGGACUGUGUUUUUUUUUAUUCAAAAACUAUUUCCACCUGCAACAACAGCUGGAGGCCAAAGGCAAACUUUUAGCUUGUGUGCACUUGUGUUGUGGUGGGGGCGUUUGUGUGUGAUGUUCCAUCUACACGCUGACAAUGACUCGUGGACCAACAACUACCCACUGCUUGAGAAGAAUCCAGAGUGUUAAGGGCGGGGGUCCCUCCAUGUGCAGGGGGACAUGUUGAGUGAUAAACAGUGCCUGUGGACUCGAGGACUGCUUUUACACGCCAGUUGUUGAGUGCAGUGCAAAUUAACAACGGUGUAUUUGCUUGUUUUUUGGGUCAUUUAAGCUGGUAUGCACUCUGUAAUUUGAACCUUGGUGUGGACCAAAGAACUGCACUUCCACCGCCUGGUUUCUGUGCACUUCCAGUCUAACUCUGGUGUGGUGUGUUUGUGGAGUGAAAGCAAAGCAGACCAACUGCAGGUGACAGAAACUGUAUGACAAUAAUUUUGAAAAGGUAACUAUUAAAUUUACAUGAUCCAUUUACUGAUAGUUGGUCAUAGAAACAAUCUCCCAUAUGAUGAUGCAAACAUCAUUUGGUAACCAUGGUGACAUGGUGUAUAAGUCAGCGCAUGAGUGUGUUUCUUGCGUCCAAUAUAGCGAGCCAGACUGUGACAGCAACAAGCUGUCAACAAGUGAUAAAUAUUAUCACUGGGCUAAAUUUGUUUUUGAUUUUCCCUUCUUUGACUGUGUAGCACUGAUAAUGAAGGAUGACAAUCACCAAAACUGUCUAGUGAAAAGACUCAUCUGUCAGUCCAUAUGACAUUAUGUUAACAUGUCUCACUUCAAUUGUAAUAAAUCAGUGGAAACACAAAAUGGACUUGAACUGAAAGACAACAAUGUACCUUUUUUUUUAAACUGAACCACAGGUGGAAAGCGACCAAAGGCUGGCUUCAUCUCAUCCCUGCCAUUGUAAUAAAGUGCUUUAUUAGCUUCAUAACAAAGGAGGCUCAAUCGUCAGAGGAGUCUCAAUAUUCUUGUUGAAGUUGAGUGAUUUGUUUUUAUGGCAUUACACUGUUCCUCUGUAUCAUUUCCACUUGGCCUUGGCUUCUUUUCUCUUCCCUCUUUGCUACCUCAGUUACUGUCAGCUGUGCUGCUCAAAAUACUCUCCUUCCUGCCUGUACUCUCAAAAAAGCAGCACUUCACAGUGGCCUUAAAUAUACUCAUUAAGUGCUGUUAGUAUUAAGAAGAAAAAAAAACAGUAGGUUAUUUUUGAUAAUAGUUGUUCAUGAAUGUCAUUCAUGCUCAUGUGCAGUUUUGUAAAUGAAAAAAAGAUGAUUAUUGAUCUUCUUUUGAAUGUAUCCUAAUCCUGUUACAAAAAAAGAUUAAAAAAAAAAAGCAUCAUAAAACCACAGACAGUUUAAUCACUGCCAUCUCAACACUGUUUCCUGAAUAUUUUGUCUUUUUUACUGUCUUGAUUUUAUCAUUAGGAAGUGUAGGUAAGUGUUAAUUCCUGUUUUUGUGUGUGCAAUGGGAUGUAAAUAAGUAAAUACUUUGUGUAAAUGUGUGGAGGAAUGGCACUGAAAUGUUCACCAAAUUAUUUCAAGGUAGAGUGAAAGAAAGUGACUGCAGUUGAUUUGAAGCUUGUUAAUACGUACAGUAGGCUUUGUGUGAUUGUGAGAAACCACUGGUGGUUUUUUCAGGUUGAGAUAAAAUGUAUACAGCAGGUGCUCAGCCGAAAUCAUCUCCAAAUGAUGUGUAGCAGGUAAAAAGGACAGGGUAUUAUGUUGUUAUGUAAAAUGAUUUUACUUUAUUAAGAUUUGAAUACUUGGAGAAGUAGUUUUUAAGUGUGCCUGUUUUACCUGUGUGUGUUUUUAAAUCUUGUGUUACAGUUUCAAAAAUAUUUUUAUGGUCUGGUGUGUGUGCACACUGGCAUAUGGUUUUGCAUCUGUAUGUAUGUGAUUGUUUUAUACAGUAAAAAGCUUGUAUUUGACAUAGAUGUGGAUCAUGUUCGUUCUGUAUAUUGCCUUUAAAUUUUCUUGGUUGUUGCUUGUGUAAUAAAGUGGAGCUCUUAAACCUUAAAG